CUUUCCUGUCCACACAUUGGACAUUGCAAGACAGGCACAAUCACACUCUAGAGGGAGGGGAUAUAUACCAGACAACCAUCAUCAUCAUCGCCAUCCAUUGCCUCCACCUUUAACAUGCAAUGCCACAGGUUAACCAUUAUGUCUCGUUGGAUCCUCAUUCUGGUUGCUCUGAUCUCCCUGGUCCUGCUCCCGAAGACAUCGGCCUCGUCUGAUCACUUAGCUGCUCCGCUCUCGCUGUUCUCCUCUGCUGUGCUUGUGACCCAUCACGAUGUCUCCUCGCCGCACCAUGAGCAUCCGGUCCAAGGCCGGUUUGCUGCCAGCAUGGCGCGCACUGUUCAUGCUGCCCACCUGCACCCGCAUCUGCGGAACACCAAUCUGCUUCUCCACGAGAUCCCUGUGCUCAAAGUGCUCUCGGCGGACAUGGUGCCCGACCUCGGCCCGAUCUACGGCCGCGUGGUCUCGGUCAGCCACUCGGACGACGGCGCAGAGCUGAUGAUCAUCGGUCGGGUUGUCGACUCGCCAGACACGCCGCUGUCUGCCGAGGACCGGCUCGCCGGCUCACCGUCGCACUUUGCCGCUGGCGGGCGGUUCACUCUUCAUGUCUCCCACUCUGGCGAGCACGUCUCGGGCGAGGUCUCGCUCUUUGAUCACGACACUGCGUUCCGAUGGGAGACGAAUGCCGAGGCCGGCGACGGCCACGUUCUACUUCGGCGCAUCCACAUCGACGAGCACAUCUGUCGCCAGGACGCCAUUCCUCCUUCGGCCGGUGACAGCGACUACGACCCGGCCCAGGAUACCAUUGCGACUCGGGUCCUCAAUCCGCCCAGCCACAACUCAAAGCCGGGCUCGCCGUACGUCAUCUUCCUCGACUUUGACGGCCACGACGCGUCCGGCUCGGCGUGGGGCGACAUUGUUGCUGGCCCGUACGACAUUGAUUCCAACACCAACUCGUUCUCGACCACCGAGCUCACGCGCAUCUCUCAGAUUUGGGAGCUCAUGGCCGAGGACUACGCCCCGUUCGAGAUCACUGUCACCACCAUCGAGUCGGUCUACAACGCUGUGUCGGAAUCACGCCGUGUCCGCUGCGUCUUCACCAUCACUGACGCGUGGUAUCCCAAUGCUGGCGGCGUUGCCUACGUUGGCGUCUUCUCGCGCCCUUCCAACAAUCUCCAGCCGUCGUGGGUCUUCACCAAGCGGCUCUCGGGCGGCAGCUCCAAGUCGUGCGGCGAGGCCGGCUCGCACGAGGUCGGCCACAACAUGGGCCUCUCCCACGAUGGCACCUCGUCGGUCGGCUACUACACCGGCCACGGCUCGGGCAUCACCGGCUGGGGCCCGAUCAUGGGUGUCGGCUACUACCAGGACCUCAUUCAGUGGUCUCGUGGUGAGUACGCCGACGCCAACGAGCAGCAGGACGAUCUGGCCAUCGUUGGUGGCUCCUCAAACGGCUUCGGCUUCCGCGCCGAUGACCACGGCGAUACCUUGGCGCUUGCUACCACACUCACCGACGGCGCUACGCCGGCUGGUGCGGGCUACAUCUCGACCCGCGCUGAUGUCGACUAUUUUACCAUCACGCUGGGUGCCUCCGGUUCAAUGACCUUUACCAUCCAGCCGACCUCUACCAACUACUACAAUCUCGACAUCGAGGCCCGGCUGUAUGCCGACUCUUCGCUCGUUUCGACUGUCAACCCGUCGGCCGAUGUCAAGGCCAUCGUCACCUACUCGGGCGUCGCCGGCACUACCUACCACCUCCGUGUCGACGGCGUCGGCAAGGGCUCCGCAACUGGAGCCGGAUACACAGACUACGGCUCGCUCGGCGAAUACGAGAUCUUGUACUCGGGCCCGGCCUCAGGCUCCGGCUCGGUGUGCGGCAACUCGAUCGUCGAGGCUGGCGAACAGUGCGAUCCGCCAUCACAGGCCUGCUGCACCUCGACCUGCCAGUUCCGGCCGUCGUCGUACACCUGCCGGUCGGCGGUCGGCGUUUGCGAUGUGGCCGAGACCUGCACCGGCUCGUCGGCUGGCUGCCCGGCCAACGCUGUGGCGACGGCGGGCACGACCUGCCGCGCAUCGACCGGCCCAUGCGACGUGGCCGAGACCUGCAACGGCGCUUCCACAAGCUGCCCGGCCAACGGCUUCCGGUCGACGGUGUACGUCUGCCGCGCUUCGGCGGGCGUGUGUGAUGUGGCCGAGACCUGCACCGGCUCGUCGGCAAGCUGCCCGGCGGACAGCUUCCAGCCGACCUCGGUCGUCUGCCGCGCCUCCACGGGCGUGUGUGACCUGGCCGAGACCUGCACGGGCUCAUCGGCGCCCUGCCCCGCCAACAGCUUUGCGGCGUCAGGUACGUCGUGCGACGAUGGUGACGUGUGCUCGAGCCCCGAUUCCUGUAAUGGUGCCGGGAUCUGCUCUGGCCCGUCGAUCUGUGCAUGCGGCAAUGGAGUGGUCGAGGUCGGUGAGCAGUGCGACGAUGGCAAUCUUGUCUCGGGUGACUGCUGCUCGUCGAGUUGCCAGAUCGAGAGUCUCGGCACGGUGUGUCGGGCGGCUGCCGGUCCGUGUGAUGUGGCCGAGACCUGCGACGGCACGACGCCGACGUGCCCGGGCGAUGUGUUGGUGUCCACUGGCAUAGUGUGCCGGGAAGUGGCGGGUGUGUGCGACGUCGCCGAGACCUGCACCGGUACGUCGGCGAGCUGCCCGGCCGACAACUUUGUCAGCUCGGCCACGGUGUGCCGAUUUGCCGCAGGCGUUUGCGACGUGGCCGAGUCGUGCACCGGUUCGUCGCCGCUCUGCCCCGCCAACGCACGGCGUGCCGGUGAGAUCUGCCGCCCAGCUGCGGGAAGCCUUUGCGAUCAGCCAGAGGUCUGUUCGUCGAGCUCUGACGACUGUCCCCCUGACACCUUCCUCCCAAGUGGAACGCCUUGUAACAACGGCGCAGCCUGUGAUGGCACAAGCGACACCUGCGAUGGCACCGGGCCGAACUCGUGCGUGGGAAGCAAUCCGGCCGGGUGCGUUUUCACCUGCGGCGACGGCGUGGUCGAGCCAGGCGAGCAGUGUGAUGACGGCAACACGGUCAACGGCGACUGUUGCUCGGCGACGUGCCAAUUUGAGUCAUCAUCGACGCCAUGCGCGACAGCAUCGUGCAAUGGGAUGUGCAACGGCGCCGGUAGCUGUAUCACGCAACCGUUCUGCUGCCUCACUGACGCGCAGUGUGACGACGGACGCGCUUGCACGAUCGACACCUGUGGCAGUGACGAGGUGUGCCACAACGAUCCGGCGCCUGCGGGCACGAGCUGCGACGACCAGCAAGACUGCACAAUCAAUGACGUGUGCUCUGGCGUCGACGGCGUGUGCCGCGGCGAGAACUCGUGCCCGGCAGGCUGUGGGCUACACGGGAUUUGCUGCCACUCGGCCUGCGAGUGCAUGUUUGGGUGGGACUCGGAGCCCACGUGUUCGAUCGGGCCGGACCCACUCUCGCUCGGCUUUCCGCUGGAAAGUGUCGUCAACUCGGAGCGGGAGGGACGAGCAUUCACAGUGCUUCUCCCGGGCGGUGUCGAUGUGGUGAUCAGUGUGACCUCGGCGUCGAGCGCUACGGCCGGGACCCGGGCGGCGUCGGGCGUGUACCUCUACGGCUCGUUCUCUGAGAUUCCUAACCGGGCAUCAGGCCUUGUCAUUCACGAGUACACCUCUGAGCGAGCCGAGCUGGAGACACACUCGUUUGUAGUCAACUCGACGCGAUCGGGGUUGCUCUUUGUCUCGGUCUUCCGCGCCGACGGCGUAACCGGAGCGCGGUUCCAGAUUACGGCGGCAGAGCCAGGGACUGGCGCCGCGGCACCGUCGCCCUCGGUGAUUGCAGCGACCGCAGGCAAAGCCUGGAUUUGGGCCGCACUUGCCGGCGGCCUCCUGCUCUGCAUUGUGGUCGUGGUCGUGGUCGUGCUUGUGAUCCGCGCGCGAGCGCACGAGCAGAACAUCCGGGCAUGGUCGACGACAUCGCGGUUGGGGACCACUGACGAUGAGCUGACCGACAUGGCCGGGUUUGCGGUGGGGAAGCCGAUGGCAUCGGCGUCAGCCACGUCUCCUCUCCCGAUGGUCAAUGAUGCGCCGCUAGUGACCAUCGGGCGUGGUGGCACUACCAGCAGGCGGUACCGGGCGUUGUACGACUUUAACGGGCGGCAGGACGAUGAGCUCACGUUCUGCGCAGGCGACAAGCUCGUCGUGCAAGAAUCAUACGACGACGGCUGGGGCCUCGGGCAUGUGGUGGGCUCGUUGGCCGAAGGCAUCUUCCCGAUGACAGGCCAAGUCCAAGCCCGUGCUCAAGCCGUUGCCGAAGCCGCGCAAGACAACGGCGACGAUUCCGGACAAGCCGCUGCCGCCGCCGCCGCCUGCGGCAACAACUAA